AACCAGAGAAAAGACCACCCAAAAAAAAAAAAAAAAAAAAAAGAGAAUAGAUCGUGCUUAUCACCGUAUCCAACAUAGAGAUGUCUUCAACCUUCAGCGGCGACGAGACUGCUCCGUUCUUCGGCUUCCUCGGAGCCGCCGCGGCUCUCGUAUUCUCCUGCAUGGGUGCCGCUUACGGGACGGCGAAGAGUGGGGUGGGCGUGGCGUCCAUGGGAGUGAUGCGGCCGGAGCUCGUGAUGAAGUCGAUAGUGCCAGUUGUUAUGGCUGGAGUGUUGGGAAUCUACGGCCUCAUCAUCGCUGUCAUCAUCAGUACCGGAAUUAAUCCCAAGGCUAAGUCUUACUAUCUAUUUGAUGGCUAUGCGCACUUGUCGUCUGGCCUCGCUUGUGGCCUCGCCGGCCUCUCUGCCGGCAUGGCGAUUGGGAUCGUCGGCGAUGCUGGAGUUCGGGCUAAUGCACAGCAGCCAAAGCUGUUCGUGGGCAUGAUUCUUAUCCUCAUCUUUGCUGAAGCACUUGCCUUGUACGGUCUCAUUGUUGGAAUCAUCCUCUCAUCCCGAGCAGGCCAAUCCCGCGCAGAUUAGAGACGGACGUUGUAUUCUCAAUAAAGAUUUAUUAGUCGUUGAGAUGUUAGAUGACGUUUAUUCAUGUCUCUAUGAGGAAUAUCGGCGUAUCUAUUGGACAACUUAGCUUCUGGCUUAAGCUAUCAUUUUUAGAGUUGUAAAACGUGGGACAGAUAGCAAGGCUCGAGUUAAUCUUCUUUUUUCCCUAAUAGUUUUUUGAUAGUUUCACAUGCUGCGUCGUCUAUGUUGCGAAAUGCACCCAACUUGUAAGUCGGAUGAAUAACGAUUUUGAACAAGCUUUUUAUGCUGAUGAAUCCGAACUAAAAUUCGGGUAUGUAAUGGAUAUGGUACUUGGAUUUUGAUUACUUUCA